GGAAGGGUCCAGAUCAGAACAGAAGGGCUCUGUGGAGCCUCGUGGUCAGCUCCCACUUUGCUCAGGGAGAUUUGCUGGAUUUGGGGUAGGACAACAUGCGGCAGCAGGUCAGGAAGAGACAUCCAUCAUCGUUUCUGUUUCCAGGCUGGGCGCGGGCGGCCCGGAAGCAGAAUGCGAGGAUGGCCAGCCUGCCCUUCAUCCCGGGCCCCGAGAACCUGCGCCCCUUCACCCCGGCCUCGCUGGCCGCCAUCGAGCAGCGCAUGGCCGAGGCCGAGGCGCUCCGGAUAAAGAGGCAGCAGGUGGAGAUGCCCGAGGAAGAGGAGGUCAAGCCCCGCAGUGACCUGGAAGCCGGCAAGAACCUGCCCCUCAUCUACGGCGACCCGCCCCCCGAGCUCAUCGGGACCCCGCUGGAGGACCUGGACCCUUUCUACAAGGACAAGAAGACAUUCAUCGUCCUCAACAAAGGGAAGUCCAUCUUCCGCUUCUCGGCCACCCCUGCCCUCUACAUGCUGGGGCCCUUCCACCCCAUCCGCAGAGGAGCCAUCAAAGUGCUCAUCCAUUCAUUAUUCAGCAUGUUCAUCAUGAUCACUAUUUUAACCAACUGCGUGUUUAUGACCAUGAGCAACCCCCCGGCGUGGUCCAAGAAUGUGGAAUACGCCUUCACUGCGAUAUACACCUUUGAGUCCCUCAUCAAGAUCCUGUCGAGAGGUUUCUGCAUCGACGACUUCACAUUCCUGCGCGACCCGUGGAACUGGCUGGACUUCAUGGUCAUCUCCAUGGCCUACAUCACCGAGUUUGUGGACCUGGGGAACAUCUCUGCUCUCAGGACCUUCCGCGUCCUCCGCGCCUUGAAAACCAUCACUGUCAUACCAGGGCUGAAGACCAUCGUUGGGGCUCUGAUCCAGUCGGUGAAGAAGCUCUCGGAUGUCAUGAUCCUCACGGUGUUCUGCCUGAGCGUGUUCGCCCUGAUCGGCCUCCAGCUCUUCAUGGGGAACCUCCGGCAGAAGUGCGUGCGGUGGCCCCCCCCCAACGCCACCUUCCUGGGGGACCUGGAGCUGGACAAUGACACGUUGGUCAACUCCACAUUUUACAACUUCAUGGAUGACUUUGCCGGUAACUUCACCGGCAACUUCACCGGCAACAGCACCUUUGAUUUCGAGGCCUACAUCAGUGAUGAAGCCAAUUUCUACUUCCUGGAGGGAGCCCUUGAUGCCCUGCUCUGUGGGAACAGCAGUGAUGCCGGGAAGUGCCCCGAAGGGUACGAGUGCAUGAAGGCAGGGAGGAACCCCAACUACGGCUACACCAACUACGACACCUUCAGCUGGGCUUUCCUGGCCCUCUUCCGCCUCAUGACACAGGACUACUGGGAGAACCUCUUCCAGCUGACACUGCGUGCAGCAGGGAAAACCUACAUGAUCUUCUUCGUGGUGGUCAUCUUUCUUGGCUCCUUCUACCUCAUCAACCUCAUCCUGGCAGUGGUGGCCAUGGCUUACGCGGAGCAGAACGACGCCACGCUGCUGGAGGAGCAGCAGAAGGAGGAGGAAUUUCAGCAGCUCAUGGAGCAGCUGAAGAAGCAACAAGAGGAGCAAGAGAAGAUGUUGCAGGACAGGAGGUCCAGCAGCGAUUCCCUGCCCAGCAGCGUGGCCGAGAAGCAGCAGAAGGAGCACGACUCAGACGUCAACAGUGACCAGGACAAGGCAAAGGACUGCAACGGGCAGGUGAUCCCCAAGAUCACCCUGCAGAGAUCCGAUACGGUGAUUGAUUUCAACCCAACUUCUGAGCCGGAGAAACAGGACCACAACCACCUCAGUGUGGGCAACCAGGACGGGCCAGGGCUCGAGAAGAGGGUGGGAAGUGCCAUCAGUGUCAUCUCCAACGCUGUAGAAGAGCUGGAGGAAGCUCACCAGAAGUGCCCGCCCUGGUGGUACAAAUUCGCCCACACAUUCCUGGUCUGGAACUGCUGUUAUCCGUGGGUGAAGCUGAAGGAGUUUGUCAAGCUGGUGGUGAUGGACCCCUUCGUGGACCUGGGCAUCACCAUCUGCAUCGUGCUCAACACGCUCUUCAUGGCCAUGGAGCACUACCCCAUGACAGAGGAGUUUGAGAACGUGCUGUCUGUGGGGAACCUGGUCUUUACAGGCAUCUUCACUGCAGAGAUGGUCCUGAAGCUCAUUGCUCUGGAUCCCUACGAGUACUUCCAGCAGGGCUGGAACAUCUUCGACAGCUUCAUCGUCACCCUGAGCCUGGUGGAGCUGGGCUUGGCCAACGUGCAAGGGCUCUCCGUGCUCCGCUCCUUCCGCUUGCUGAGGGUCUUCAAGCUCGCCAAGUCCUGGCCCACCCUCAACAUGCUCAUCAAGAUCAUCGGCAACUCCGUGGGCGCCCUGGGGAACCUCACGCUGGUGCUGGCCAUCAUCGUCUUCAUCUUCGCCGUGGUGGGGAUGCAGCUCUUCGGGAAGAGCUACAUGGAGUGCGUGUGCAAGAUCUCCGUGGACUGCACCCUGCCCCGCUGGCACAUGCACGACUUCUUCCACUCCUUCCUCAUCGUCUUCCGCAUCCUCUGCGGGGAGUGGAUCGAGACCAUGUGGGACUGCAUGGAGGUGGCCGGCCAGACCAUGUGCCUCAUCGUCUUCAUGAUGGUCAUGGUCAUCGGGAACCUCGUGGUGCUGAACCUGUUCUUAGCUUUGCUGCUGAGCUCCUUCAGCGCCGACAGCCUGGCGGCGUCGGACGACGACGGCGAGAUGAACAACCUGCAGAUCGCCAUCGGCAGGAUCACCCGCGGCAUCGCCUUCGCCAAGGCCUCCCUCCUCACGCUGCUCCGGCGGCUCUGGAAGGGCAAGAAGGUGGCCCCGGAGGAAGAGCAGGAGCCCAGCAAGAGGGAGAACUCCGUGCUGAACCACGUGGACGCCACCCAGGAGACCGCCAAGUCAGGGUACCUGGACGGGCUCGCCGGCAAAGAGCAUAUUUUCAUGGAUGAGCUGGACCACAUGAAUUUCAUCAACAACCCCAACCUGACGGUGCAAGUCCCCAUCGCCUCGGAGGAGUCUGACCUCUACGAGGAGACCAGCACCCAGUCUGAAACCGAGGACACCACCAAGAACCCCCUGAGCAGCGACAACGCCUCGUCCCUGUGCAGCACGGUGGAUUACAAACCCCCCGCGCCCGAGGAGGAGCAGGUGGCAGAGGUGGCCGAGGAGAGCAACGAGCCCGAGGAGUGUUUCACCGAAGGCUGCGUGAAGAGGUUUCCCUGCCUCUACGUGGAUGUCACCAGCGAGAAAGGGAGGGUGUGGUGGAACAUCCGGAAAACCUGCUUCCGCAUCGUGGAGCACGACUGGUUCGAGACCUUCAUUGUCUUCAUGAUCCUCCUCAGCAGUGGGGCGCUGGCGUUCGAGGACAUCUACAUCGAGCAGCGGAAGGUGAUCCGCACCAUCCUGGAAUACGCCGACAAGGUCUUCUCCUACAUCUUCGUCAUCGAGAUGCUGCUCAAGUGGGUGGCCUAUGGCUUCAAGGUGUACUUCACCAAUGCCUGGUGCUGGCUGGAUUUCCUCAUCGUUGAUGUUUCCCUGGUCAGCCUGACAGCGAACUGGCUGGGAUACUCCGAGCUGGGAGCCAUCAAGUCCCUGCGGACGCUGAGGGCUCUGAGACCACUGCGUGCCCUGUCCCGAUUUGAGGGCAUGAGGGUGGUGGUGAACGCCUUGCUGGGCGCCAUCCCCUCCAUCAUGAACGUGCUGCUGGUCUGCCUCAUCUUCUGGCUGAUAUUCAGCAUCAUGGGGGUGAACCUCUUCGCGGGGAAGUUCUACCAGUGCAUCAACACCACCACGGGGGAGGUCUUCGACAUCAGCGUGGUGAACAACAAGAGCGACUGCAUGGCCCUCCUGCACACCAACGAGGUCAGAUGGGUCAACAUCAAGGUCAACUUCGACAACGUGGGCUUGGGAUACCUCUCCUUGCUGCAGGUGGCAACCUUCAAAGGCUGGAUGGACAUCAUGUACGCCGCCGUGGACUCACGCGAGAUUGAAGAGCAGCCACAGUAUGAGAUCAACCUCUACAUGUACAUCUACUUUGUCAUCUUCAUCAUCUUCGGCGCCUUCUUCACCCUCAACCUCUUCAUCGGCGUCAUCAUCGACAACUUCAACCAGCAGAAGAAAAAGUUUGGAGGCAAAGACAUCUUCAUGACAGAAGAGCAGAAGAAAUACUACAAUGCCAUGAAGAAGCUCGGCUCCAAGAAACCCCAGAAGCCCAUCCCCAGGCCAUCGAACAAGUUCCAAGGGAAGGUGUUUGACUUUGUUACCAAGCAAGUGUUCGACAUAACCAUCAUGAUCCUGAUUUGCCUCAACAUGGUGACCAUGAUGGUGGAAACAGAUGAUCAGAGCGAGCUCAAAACAUCUGUGCUCUACAAGAUAAACCUGGUCUUCAUCGUCAUCUUCACCGGGGAGUGCGUGCUCAAGAUGUUCGCCCUGCGUCAAUACUACUUCACUGUUGGCUGGAACAUCUUUGACUUCGUGGUGGUCAUCCUCUCCAUCUUAGGUAUCGUCCUCUCCGACAUCAUAGAGAAGUACUUCGUGUCACCCACCCUCUUCAGGGUCAUCAGGCUGGCGAGGAUCGGCCGUGUCCUCCGGCUGAUCCGAGGGGCAAAAGGCAUCCGGACUCUCCUCUUUGCUCUGAUGAUGUCCCUGCCCGCCCUGUUCAACAUCGGCCUCCUGCUUUUCCUCGUCAUGUUCAUCUACUCCAUCUUCGGGAUGUCCAACUUUGCCUACGUGAAGAAGGAGUCGGGGAUCGAUGACAUCUUCAACUUCGAAACCUUCGGGAACAGCAUCAUCUGCCUCUUCCAGAUCACCACGUCGGCCGGGUGGGAUGGGCUCCUCAACCCAAUCCUCAACAGCGGCCCCCCGGACUGCGACCCUGAGCUGGAAAACCCUGGAAGUUCGGUGAAAGGGAACUGUGGGAACCCCUCCAUUGGCAUCUUCUUCUUCUGCAGCUACAUCAUCAUUUCCUUCCUCAUCGUGGUGAACAUGUACAUCGCCAUCAUCCUGGAGAACUUCAACGUGGCCACGGAGGAGAGCAGCGAGCCCCUCUGCGAGGAUGACUUUGAGAUGUUUUAUGAAACUUGGGAGAAGUUCGACCCGGACGCCACCCAGUUCAUCGCCUACAGCACCUUGUCUGACUUUGUGGACACCUUACAGGAGCCCCUGAAAAUUCCCAAGCCAAACAAGAUCAAACUAGUCACCAUGGAUCUCCCGAUGGUUGCCGGGGACAAAAUCCACUGCCUGGACAUCCUCUUUGCCCUGACUAAGGAAGUGCUGGGAGACUCGGGAGAGAUGGAUGCCCUGAAGGCCAGCAUGGAGGAGAAGUUCAUGGCCGCAAACCCCUCGAAGGUCUCCUACGAGCCCAUCACCACCACUCUGAAGAGGAAACACGAGGAAGUGUGUGCCACCAAAAUCCAGAGGGCCUUCCGGAGGUACCUGCUGAGGCGCUCGGUGAAACAGGCGUCCUACAUGUACAGGCAGAGCAAGGACGAGGACGCCCUGAGCGAGGACGCGCCCGAGAAGGAGGGUCUGAUUGCCAUCAAAAUGCAGGAGAUCUAUGGGAACAGUGGGACAGGGGUGGAGACAACCCCUGCCAUUGGCCUCGAGCCCAUUCCCAGCUCAGAGACGCGAGAUGCUCCCGAGGAAGCAAAAGCUUGGGAUAAGGAGCGCGUGGUGAAGGAGUCGCUGGUGUAGGAGAAGGAGCUUCCACCUCUGGCCCAGCCUGAAGAGAUUUCAUUUGUAUCUCCUGUCCAAGAGCUCUUCCAUGCACAGAUCACUAGAUCUUAGAUAUUGAGCUAAUUUCAGAUGUUUCAAGCAGCCACCUUUCGAAGCAGGAUCUCCUCCUGGGUUUUCCAGCUCACUGCACUUGCAAAGAGUUUAAUUAUUUUUCUUAUGAGAACUGAAUGUGAAAUCUGUUGUUGGUGAAAGAGAAACAUGUUAGUUUGGAAAUGAUCUCAUCACGGUAACGAUGUUUUUCAGACAUUAACAGAAGAGUAAGUACAUUUAAGGUAAUUAUUUAUUAAUGUUAUUUCACAAUUAAGAGAUGUUCUUGUAUAUUGUUCUUCCAGAGUGCAGCCAAGCAACCAGUGAAAGAUGAGCCAAGUGAAAUAGCAUUAAGAAUAAUUACAGAAAACAAAAGGUUUUGUGAACAAAAAUCUCCAAAGUCUUAAAGUAGCACCUUUCUUUUGAACCUUUGAAUAAGCUUGUUGAUUAUUUUUUUGUUACCUACAGAGAAAGUGCAAUUAUGUCUUAAAAAUUGGUUUGCAUAGCCAAAACAAAGCAUCUGCAGAAAUGUUCUCAGGGUUAAAUAUCAGGUUUUCAAGGUCUCUGAAUACGCAUUGAAACCAUAAAUCAUUCAGGGCUCUGUGAUACGAAUGUAAACACUACUUAUAGUCAUGUUUUUUCUCUGUUUUCCUGUUUCAUCCAGAUUUUGUGGCAGGAAAGCAAUGGGCAAAAAGGUAGGGUUUGGAAAACCUCCUCCAAGAAUCCCCAGUCUCCAUGACAAAACCUUCUAGGGUUUUUUUCUAGCCCCAUUGCAAGAGGAAAUGUCCUGUUGGAGUGCUCUUGGCUGGCGUUCCCAAUGUCCUCUUCGUUAGUGUUAAUUAUGGAGAUGGACCCCCAGGGAUCGGAGCAGGUGUUUGACUGAUCCUUUCCAUGAGCUGCUUCAGUGGGGUCCCUUAAAUCCCACACAAGCCCCUGGGGGGCUCAAUGCAAUGAAUGCUCCUACCAGGGUGUGAAUCCCAAAAUCCUCAAGCAGAGAUUCCUUCCCUUGGCUGGGGCUCCAGAGAGGAUCCUGUGGCACCUGCUGGGGUCUCUGUAGAGCUGGAUGGGGCCAUUCAGGUCCUAACCAGGAAAUCUCUGGGCAGAGGAGUGUUUUCCCACGGGGAAAAAGGGUUUUGCUGCUCUUUAAACAGGUGGGCAAAAGGAAAGAAAACCAAGAAAAAAGGGCACUGGCACAGGUUGCCCAGAGAAGCUUCGGAUGCCCCAUCCCUGAAAACAUCCAAUUCCAGGUUGGAUGGAACUUGGAGCAACCUGGUCUAGUGGAAGGUGUCUUUUGCCCAUGGAAGGAGGGUGGAACUUUGGAUUAAAGAUGAGCUUUAAGGCCCUUCCAACCAAAACCUUUCCAUGAUUCUGUGCAAAACGCACGAAAGGCCCCGAGUUCACCUCUGACCACCUUCUGCCUUCAGAAGGGGAAAAAAAACCCACCUCAUGAGAUCAAACCAACCACGAACCAAAACCUCUUCCAGUUAAAACAAGGGCUGCUUCUCGAAACCAAAGGGUCUGUCUUUCUUUUUCUUUUCUUUUCUUUUCUUUUUUUUUUUUUUGUAUGAUUAUAAUUAUUUUCUUUUCUCGGGCUGAUUUGGGCGCUGAGCCGUUCCGGAUGCCCCACGUUACGUUCAGGCUGGCCGGGAGCGGUGCUGAGCUUGCUUGUACCCACGUGUCAUCCCACAGCCUUUGUGCUUUCUUUUUUCCAUGUCGUUGCUCCCUGGAAGCAGCAGCCUGAGCUGGUGUCACCAGCGUUUCUGUGGGAAGCAUCCCAUCAGCACGGCCGUUCCCAGCCCGGGUUGCGGCUCACAACCGAUGCUGCUUGUACGUCCGUGUCGUCAGUGAUGGGAAAAAAAAAUGCCACAGAGCGGGAUUUGUGUGAGCUAAAGCCGUUUCACUUUGUACAUUUCUUACAAUAAACAACUGUAAAUGA